AUGCCGCCGAAAACUAGUGGUAAAGCCGCCAAGAAGUCUGGUAAGGCACAGAAAAACAUCUCCAAGUCGGAUAAGAAGAAGAAGAAGCACAAGAGGAAGGAGAGUUACGCCAUCUACAUCUACAAGGUGCUCAAGCAGGUGCAUCCCGAUACUGGUAUAUCCAGUAAAGCGAUGUCCAUAAUGAACUCUUUCGUUAACGACAUCUUCGAACGCAUAGCCGCAGAGGCCUCGCGCUUGGCUCAUUACAACAAGCGUUCGACUAUUACUUCACGGGAAGUGCAGACCUCCGUGAGACUGCUGUUGCCCGGUGAACUCGCCAAGCACGCCGUGUCAGAGGGCACCAAGGCAGUCACCAAAUACACCAGCUCCAAGUAA